GCACAUCCGGGUAACCCGUAAUGCAUCCUGAUUGGCUGUAGCCGCUGAUCACUUUCGAUUUGACUCUAAAUUAUAAAGUUGACGUUCUAGCCUACAGUUCAAACCGAUUUGAUCAGAUUUGUAUAUGCCUAUAUCUUCUCAUUUAAAUUAUAUCGUAAACUGGAUUAUUAUGCAACGAUAAACGAUAUAGUUUGUUAUUUUAGCGUGUGUGAAUGAAUAAAGUUCCGGAGCGCUCGACCGAACGACGUCGUUGACAGAAAUGAAGACGUAGAAUUCUCCAGUCGGCAAAUUCCGUUAAGCUGCACAAUUAUGGCAUCCAAUGAGCGUUCUCAACCGAAAAGCAGGUGGAGGAGGAAGAGCAGCAUGGAGGAGCCCCCUUAUUUGUCAGGCGAUGCAGAGUUUAGAGUCCUUCUCUUUGGGAGAAGUGGCCACAGUCAAUUUUCUCUGGCAAACUCCAUUCUGGGGACAGAUGUGUUCAGCGAUGAGCUCUGCAACAUUACAGAGAGUCAGAGACACAGGAGCGAGGCGUUCGAGAGGAAACUAGCUGUGGUCAACACUCCAAACCUCUCUGAGUACGAGGCAUCCCAGAAAGAGCUGAGAAGAGUGUUCAAGUUGUCUGUGUGUAUGUCCUCUCCUGGUCCCUACGUCGUUCUCUUUGCAUUCGACCUGAACAACAUCUCACCAAGUGCAGCAAGCAUCCUGGAACUCGUCACAAAGCAUUUUGGGGACAGUAUCUUGAACCACAUGAUGGUUGUGGUGUGUCAUGAAGAGGAGAAGGAGGAUUCAGCUCUUGAGGAGAAAGUCCAGACUAACAGAGACUUCAGGGAGCUCAUUGAGAAGUGUGGCCGAAGGUAUCACCUCUUCAAUGAGAGGAAGGCCCAGAGAGAUGAGAAGGUUUCCAGACAGCUCCUGGAGAAGAUGGACGACAUGGUGAGGGAAAACGGAUGCAGAUUCUACUCCAAUCACCAAUACCAGGAAGCAGAGGAGAGAAUCCAGAAAGAGGAGCGUUUCAUGAUGAAAGGGAGAAAGAAAGAGAUGCUGACAAAGAGGAAGGAGCUGGAGAGCAGGUACACAGGUGAAGGUCUUGAGAAGGAGCUGGAGAGCAGGUACACAGGUGAAGGUCUUGAGAAGGAGCUGGAGAGCAGGUACACAGGUGAAGGUCUUGAGAAGGAGCUGGAGAGCAGGUACACAGGUGAAGGUCUUGAGAAGGAGCUGGAGAGCAGGUACACAGGUGAAGGUCUUGAGAAGGAGCUGCUGCAGUUUGAGACAGGGAUAAGAGUAGAGAACCGAGCGAAGGCUGAGAGGAAGAUCUCAGAGGUACUGGGAUUUACUCUCACAGCAGUUGACUAUGCUGCUGCAGUAGGUAAAGGGGCAGCUCUAGGGGCUUUAUGUGGAGCGGUCGUGGGGAUUGAGGGUAUGGUGGUGGGAGCCGCUGUAGGUGCCGUCGUCGGGGGGGGCAUAGGAGGUGCUGUCAGUGCGGCAUGGGGUUACCUCACAAACACUGCUGCACAAAUGAAUAGACGUUGAGACAAUGCUGCUUACAUCGAUGAGGCAUUGCACAGUUUAACAGAUUGUGUCAUUAUGAUGCCGUUCCUGCACAGUUUAACAGAUUGGGUCAUUUUGGUGCCGUUCCAACACAGUUGAACAGAUUGUGACAUUUUGGUGCCGUUCCAACACAGUUGAACAGAUUGUGACAUUAUGAUGCCGUUCCUGCCCAGUUUAACAGAUUGUGUCAUUAUGAUGCCGUUCCUGCCCAGUUUAACAGAUUGGGUCAUUAUGAUGCCGUUCCUGCCCAGUUUAACAGAUUGUGUCAUUAUGAUGCCGUUCCUGCCCAGUUUAACAGAUUGUGUCAUUAUGAUGCCGUUCCUGCCCAGUUUAACAGAUUGUGUCAUUAUGAUGCCGUUCCUGCCCAGUUUAACAGAUUGUGUCAUUAUGAUGCCGUUCCUGCCCAGUUUAACAGAUUGUGUCAUUAUGAUGCCUGCCCAGUUUAACAGAUUGUGUCAUUAUGAUGCCUGCCCAGUUUAACAGAUUGUGUCAUUAUGAUGCCGUUCCUGCCCAGUUUAACAGAUUGUGUCAUUAUGAUGCCUGCCCAGUUUAACAGAUUGUGUCAUUAUGAUGCCGUUCCUGCCCAGUUUAACAGAUUGUGUCAUUAUGAUGCCUGCCCAGUUUAACAGAUUGUGUCAUUAUGAUGCCUGCCCAGUUUAACAGCACUGUCAGAUGUGUAGAGGUCUGAGGCUAAUCAGUUCAGUAAUACAUGUUAUUUGUCAGUGAGAAAAUAUUCAGAGAUGUAUGUUUUGUAGAUAUUAGACGCUGUUGAUUUGUUUUUUUGGGCUGCUGAUCUGGUGAUGGUUAUUUUAAACAGAUUCAUUGUUGAAAUACGUAAAUCAUGAAUAAAGGGAAGAUCCUUUAACGAUGGAAUAUUUAAACACGUUAUAAAUGUACUGUUGCUUUUGAUGUCUUUGGAAUUCCCAAUACAUCUGUGUACUUUUAAAUAGGAAAUAAAUAUUCAUUCUAAAUCCAUUUAUGAAAGAUACAUAGUUAUUUUUUAUGUUAUAUUACUGUUGUUGUAUAUGUCUCUAUUUUGCCUAAUAAAUUCCAUCUUUAAAAAAUGAAAAUAAAUCCCAGUUUUGCUU